ACGUUUCCACCCGGUCUGUACACACUGUGAUACAAAGCACUUCCUCCAUGCGUAGUUUUCGAUGAAAUGAACUCAGUUACGUGUUUUUAAAAGCUUUAACGCCAAAGUCUUUUAUUGUAAUAACGUGGCAGUGGGCUAUUGUGUUGUUUCCAGAAUGGCGGCGGACGUGUCCAAACACUAGUGUGUAACACACCGGGAGUUUCCCUUCAUUUGUGGCAGGAACUCAUCAGGAGCUUCCAUGGAGGGUUUGGAGGAAAAGCUCAAAGUUCUGUCCAUCGCUAGGCGGUCCUGUCCGGAGGAGCCCACCUACCUGCUGGAUGUCGCCUUGCAGCCGAGUGGCCUUCUGGCGGUGUCCUGCUCCAACUUCACCAUCCACCUGCACAACAAGGACACACUGAAGCAGGUGGGAGAAUAUCAAGGCCACAAUGGGCGGCUCUGCGGGGUAACGUUUGGCCACACCUCCUCUGACCUCCUGUACUCUGGUUCUGCUGACGGGACGGUCCGGGUGUGGGAUGUCCGCCGCCCCGGGACGGAGGCGGCCCAGAAAUUUAAAAGCGAUCCAACGCACUGUUACUGCAGCUUCGACCUGAGCUGCAGCGACACGCUCCUGUGUGCCGGCACUGAGCAAGUGGACAGUGAGGACAGCUUCCUCGUUUUCUGGGAUUCCAGGAAACCAGCAGGUGGGCUUCUUGGGGUGUACUCUGAGUCGCACAGCGAUGACAUCACACAGGUGCGCUUCCAUCCCCGGGAUAAGGACCGCCUGGCUUCGGGCUCCACAGAUGGCCUCGUUAAUGUUUUCGACCUCAGCCGGGGGGCGGAGGAGGAUGCGCUGCUUGCCACCUGCAACAGCGACUCGUCAGCCAGCUCGGUGUGCUGGUCCGGGGCCGACUACACCCAGCUGCUCUGCCUCAGCCACGAUGAGGGGCUGCAUCUGUGGGAUUUGGGCCAGCUGGAUACAGAUGAGCCUCUCACCAUCUUCAGCACCUCCGACGCUCGCAGCCUGACUCCACUGGCUGACGGACGAGGCGUCGAUUACCUGGUGGGGGGGUGGCUAGAGGACACCCAAAAGCUGCUGGUGGUCGGCGGGAAGAACAACGGAGACCUCCACCUGAUGGAGUGUAACGCCAGGGGUCUUCAUCUGCUCAGGAGCCUGGAGGGUGGCCACGCCUCAACGGUGCGCUGCUUCCUGUGGGAUGCAGUAGGGGAGGCCUUGUUCACCGGGGGGGAGGAUGCGCAGCUUUUGCUGUGGAAACCGGGUGGAGAGGAGCUCACAGCAGGGAAAAGGGAGUCUAUGAAGAGCGAGUCAGCUCUCAGACUCAAAUCCAGACCUCAUAAAAAACAUGGCUACCACAGAGAAAAGAAGACAGCAUAGUAAUAAAGUGAACACUGACCUGACUGAAGCAGUCCUGUGUCCUAAAAUUUAAAGCAGCUCAGCUGUUGAGGACGAUGUCAGUAAGCAGAUGAAAUGAUGUUCAUCUUUGCCUCAGCUGUUGAUAGACGCUGUUGUUUUUACUGUGCAGUUUUCUGUUUACAAGCAAAGCAUAUUCUAGUGUGUCAUAGCAGCCUGAAUAUGGACCUUUCCAGUGUUUACAAAGAAACCAGCUUGCAGGAAAAUUGUGACCAGGUGACUUUGAAAGGCAAAUUGUAUUUUAGUCUUUGAUAGAGAUCUGGUGGCCCCAGCUAACAAACAGGGCAUGUAUUUUAAUAUGAAGAGAGCUGUGUGUGUUUAAUAAAAACUUUGGCAUGCUGUGUGACUUCACCACAA